GAUUUUUGGGUCCCGGGGUUAAAGGAAAACAACAAAAUUGAAUUAAAAGUAGAUAUUAAAAUGUCCAGCAACAAUACGGAUACUGGGGACACAACCAUUAUGGCCACCACCAGCACGUCGGUGCAGGAUUUCGGUGCCGGCGAGGAGCUGCUGCAGGAGACACCCCGUGAGUCUCUGAUAACCACUGCUGUGAGCUUUCUACAAAACACCAAAGUGCGGCACACAACGCUUAUCCAGAAGCAACAAUUCCUACGGUCCAAAGGUCUGACGGCCCAUGAAAUACAGUUGGCUUGCGAGAGGGCCGGCGUUUUUACCCAAGAUCCGAAUAAUCCCAACACGGUUAUCAACAUUGGCUCCCAGGUGCAGGCUCUGCAACUGCAGCCAACAAUUUUCGGCCGCAUACGUGAGAUAAUCCAUUCGACGGCCCUGUUUAGUGGGGUCAUCUAUGCGGUGUACCUGUUCUGGAAGAAAUUCAUUGCGCCAUAUCUGUUUGGCAAGCCCAAGAGGAAGCCCGUGGAGGAGGUUUUGGAGGACAUCGACAAAAAGGUCGAGACACGCACCGAGGACCUUAACAAGGAGAUCUCUGUGGUCAAGGACUUGAUCACCAGCCAGCAAAGGGAUCACGCCCAGCAGCUGAAUCGGGAGUUUAGCAACUUUCGCAGCGACUUGGAUGCCAUCAAGGGUCUGCUGUUGAAUCGCAAGCAGUUCGCCUCGCCCGUGGCUCCAGUGACAGUGCCAUCCAUUCCCGCCUGGCAGUUGGCCAGCUCGCCGCACCAUCAUCAUCUCCACAGUCCGUCGGAUGACAAUGAGAAGGGCGACGAUGCUGGCUCCGGCUCUGGCUCCUCCGAAACCGAGGUGGUAACAAAGAACAGCGACUCCAGCCUGGAGAUCAUGUAGAGAGGCUCGCCAUAUGGCCAUAUGGACUAAUACACCAUAUAGAUUAGCUAUAUAGUAUGAUACUUAGCUGCAACGUUUGUAUAUUGAAUUUCCCCCCUUGAAUGCCUU